AUGGAUUUAUACCGGAAUCAUGUGCUGUCCCGGAGUGACGACGGGCGUCAGCAGGUGCUCUGUGGUGAGGUUCUGUGUGAAACAAACUGCUUCGGUAUUGAAACGGCAGCUGCUGAAAUGGAUGCGGUUGCGUCGCAGAACCGGCGCUGUCAGGACCCGGUGUAUCAUGCGAUCCUGUCGUGGCGUGAAGAAGAUAAUCCGACAAAUGAGCAGAUUUUUGAGUGCGCCAGAUAUGCACUGAAGGCGCUGAACAUGAGCGAUCACCAGUAUGUUUUUGCCAUUCACAGAGAUACGGAACAUGUGCACUGUCACAUCACCGUGAACCGUAUUAACCCGAAAACAUACCGUGCGGCAAGCCUUUAUGAUGAUUACUUCAGACUGCAUAAAGCCUGUCGUGAACUGGAGCAGAAAUACGGAUUCACACCGGAUAACGGUUGCUGUCAGAAAGACGAGAACGGGAACUGGAUCAGAAAACAGGAAGAGUUUAAAGCCAUCCCCCGUAAGGCCCGUCAGAUGGAAUACCAUGCGGAUAAGGAGAGUCUGUACAGCUACGCCGUGGGUGAGGCCCGCCACACCAUCGGGAAGAUACUGCACAGCGGGGAAGCCACCUGGGAGGCGCUGCACACUGAACUGAUUCGCCUCGGUCUGGAGCUGAAGGAGAAGGGCGAAGGACUGGCGAACAGCUACUACCUGUCAACGGUAUAUCGGGAAGUGUUGAAAUCACCGCGAACCAAAUUGACAAUUUUUGGUUGGGGGCUUGGAGAACAUGAUUUGCACUUGUUAAGGAGAAUGCGAGGAAGACUGAAAUUCAAGAUCGAAACCAACCCUUUAAACUGGAUACUGAAAAUGACGAACUCAAUUCCUGACCGUCUGAGCCUUCCAGCUCAGGGAGAGAUUGAGGCAGCUGUACGUGGACAAAGGGAGCUUGCUGCCUACCUCUCCACUAAAAUGGAAACACAGAAAAUUUCGAUUCAGGAUGCAGAUAACAAUACUCACCAGAUUGAGCUCCCAACGUCUUCAUUAACGUUACUUAUGUCUGUCUUAGGUGAACUGGCUCAGGGAAAUGCUGUUCAGGUCGUUCCUGUACAUGCUGAAUUAACAACGCAGGAAGCCGCCAAUAUUCUGAAUGUUUCGCGCCCUCAUAUGGUGAAACUUCUGGAAGACGGGAAGCUACCUUUUCACAAAACAGGUCGCCAUCGCCGCGUACUUUUCGCUGAUUUGAUGAGAUAUAAAGAACAGCGGGAUAAUGAAAGCAACAAAGCAAUGCAGGAACUGGCAGACCAUAGCCAGGAGCUUGGAUUUUACUGA